AUGGUGAGUGACGUCGUGGAUCUGGAACGCGGUGAUGACGGCGUCAUGGCCCUCGCAGGCCGCGACGAGCUCCUCUCGAGACAUGGCCGGCGAGACCACGACGUCCCUCACGGCCGCGCCCGCCGGAGACAAAGCAUCCAUGGAGCGACGCAGCAGGGAGACCUCGAAGCAUGCAGCGUGGAGGAGGGCUUGGAGGAUGAAUCUACCAAGGGUGCCGUUUGCUCCGACCAGGAGGACUUUCGUGAUGGGAGCCGAUUGCGUCGACGCCAUAGUGAGAUGGGUGUAGAUAUAGAGUCUAGAGGCAAGAUCCAAGUAUGA